AUGAAAUCAUUUGAUAACAGAAAUAGUGUUAUAAAUGAGAAUUUGAAUGAAGUGUCAAAUCUGGCGACCAUUUCGUUCACUGGCAGUCCAAAUGUGAACCGCACUCAUGGCCUGAAUAACAAUAAGGAUUCCGUUGACAACACCGGCAAUGAAAACGCCAACGGAUUGACUAAAACACACCUCUGCCGACACCAAAUGAGAAAGUGUCGGCUGAGCCGCUAUUUGGGUGUCCUAUUGUUGAUCGCAUUAAUGGCCAUAAGUAUAGCGUUUGUGGCGUUCGCUAUAUUUUACGACGAGAUCAUCGAUAGUGAGAAAAAUGAAAGCGCGUUGUCAUCCAAACGGGGCAUCACAUUCACUGACUAUAUGUCGGCGCCGAUAAGACUUACAAAUACGGGCAAAGAUAUGGUUAUACAUAGAUAUGGAUAUGUAUAUAACGGAAUACCCGAUUGGCUGUACAGACGAGAGAUAUACGCAAACUCGCCGAAACUGUUUUGGUUAUCACCGGUGGGAACAAAGUUGGUCUACACCACCAUCGAUGACAGCGCUGUCGACUUAAUGAUCUGGCCAUUCUAUAGCACAGUUAAAUUGGCUCAUGGUUAUCAUAAUCAGUACCCUAAGAUCGAGAUGGUUAGGUACCCUAAAGUGGGCCGACCCAAUCCUACCAUUGCGCUUCAUUGCAUCGAUUUGACUCAAUUGCGUGAUUAUAACGACUCAAUUGGUAAACUGACCGCUCAUUUAAAGCCACCCAAAGAUAUCACAGAUUACGGAGAUCAUUAUAUAACGACAUUGAAGUGGGUCGAUGACCAUGUUGUUUGUGCGAAUUGGAUGAACCGUGCUCAAAACGUGUCGAAUUUCAAACUAAAAUCGAGUAAUGGAUGGAUAGACUAUCACACGGCUUCUGUCGUCACACCAGACGGCGAGUCAUAUCUUAUAAAAGUACCCAAAAUGAGUGACAACGGAAGGGAUGUGUUUCCACAUAUCGCCAAAGUGUCCGUUUCGCCAUAUAUAAUUGGCAGAUAUUUUACGGCAACGUUUUUUACAAAUCCGGGAGAAAAGCAUUUAAUGAGCGCUCCGUUAACCCAAUCAUUGGCGGCGGCGAAGGCAGAGCCCGUCUGUCACACGUGUCUUAUCAACACAUAUACCACAGAUAAGACUAAGACAUGUCUGGUUUCUGACGCCACGUUCAGCGAAGGGGCCAAACAUUAUAUCCAUCACUGUUUAGGACCUAAUAUUCCCCGAUCGGUGAUCAGGCGGACAGUCGACGACCGCCUACUCUAUACACUCGAAGACAAUAAACGCCUGAAUAAUAAACUCAAAGACUUAUCGGUUCCCAAAACCAUUUUCAUGAAGGUUCCGGUCGGACGCUAUCAGAUUGAUGUACAGCUUUUUGUGCCGCAAUAUUUCGAUAGCGAAUCAAAACGAAAAUAUCCAUUAGUUUUCAACGUUUACGGCGGACCCGGAGCUGAGAGCGAAUCAGUUUCGCACAAAUACUUUUACAAUCAAUUCGGCGCUUAUUUAGUCUUAAAUAAAAGUGUCAUUUAUGCCUAUCUGGACAGCAGAGGUGCCCCCAAUCGCGGCCAGGAAUUCAUGUUUGAAAUCUAUCGCCGAUUGGGAACCGUUGAGGUCGAGGACACUAUAGCUGUGGCCCGUUAUUUUCGUGAUAAAGUGCCCUAUGUCGAUUUUAAAUCCAUAGCCAUAUGGGGCUGGUCUUAUGGUGGAUAUUUGACCACAAAGGCAUUGCAAGACGAUUACAACGACCCUGUAUUCAGCUGUGGUGUAGCGGUGGCGCCGGCGACCGAUUGGAUGUAUACGGACUCUGUAUAUACUGAACGACAUAUGGGUUUCCCCACACCUGAAGACAAUCUGCAAAACUAUCGUUUGUCGUCGACAUUGGAUAACGUGAAGCGUUUGAAUGGCAAACAGUUUUUGCUAGUAUUUGGCACCGCAGACGUCAUUACACACAACAUUCAAGCGAUGAUGCUUUUGAAGGCUAUGAAUGAGGCGAAUGUGAAAUACCAAACACAGGUAUAUCCCGAUCAGAGACACGGUUUGCAGCAAUCAAUGGCACACAUGUAUACACGAAUGGUUGACUUCUUUGACCAGUGUUUUAAUCAUAACAUCAAACAUAAAUGA